AUGUCUGCCGGCUCGCCUGUGAAAGCCGAGGAGGUCCCGCUCCCACUGGACCUUUUGAACCCGCCCGUGGAGGUGGAUGCGCCCCUAGACGACCGUGACAUCGAGCUCGUGCAGACCACCUUUGCCAAGGUGGCUGCAGUGGGCCCAGAGACGGCAGGCCGCAUCCUCUUUGGGCACAUCUUCCGUAUUGCACCGGAGGCAAAAGCGCUUUUCUCCUUUGCCCGGGACGAAGAGACGAUGUGGGAGCCGGGGAGCCGCCUUGAGAAGCAUGGUGCAAGGGUGGUGAACACCGUAGCGACGGCCGUGUCUUUGUUGAAGGACCUUGAGACCUUGGUGCCGGUGCUUCAGAAGUUGGGCUUGCAGCAUGUGGGUUACAAGGUGCUCCCGCCCCACUACGACGUGGUGGGCCAGGCCUUCAUCGCCACACUGGAGGAUGCACUGCAGACCGAGUUCACAGAAGCUGUGAAGAAUGCCUACCUCAAGGUAUGGAACAUUGUGCAGACCACCAUGAUGGGAGACAACUACUCCUAA